AUGACUUCAGAUGCACGCAUGACCGAACAGAAGAGCUGGCGCAAGCGUAAGUCGCGAUUCGGCUGUCGCAAUUGCAAACUGAGGAAGUUGAAGUGCGACGAGACCAGGCCACAUUGCGUGAGGUGUCGUACGUAUGGGGUCUUAUGCAACUUCAGUCUCCGGGUCCCUGAUCUCCAGCCGCUCCUAGAAGGACGAGGAGAGCAGGAUAUAGCAAAGCGAUCUGCGUUGCCGCCGCCGCGGUCAACUAUUAGCAACGCCAUAUGGGCUGACGAUGGAUCAACAUUUUACAUGUUAGAUGUGCAGGAUCAAGAACUUUUCAUCCGAUUUCGUCAUCGGACUCUACACUCGCUUGGUGGCUCGGCCAUGGUCGAUAUAUACGAGAAGCAUAUGUUGAAGGCCUCCUUCACCUGUCCGUUCCUAAUUCACGGUACAUUGGCUGUAGCAGCCGCUCAUAAUCGCUACCUUGGCGCAACACACGGUCGCUGCUUACGGGAAUAUUACCACUGGUCUCAAUGCACAAUUUUGUUCAACAAGUGGUUGAGUCAAUCCAUCAAGGAAGAAUAUAAGGAUCUUCUGUGGGCCACAGCGGGAAGCCUCGCCAUUCUCACGUUUUCAUCAAUCCACAUUCGUUCUCAUGAGCAGGCAUGGCCUCUCUCAGCAGCCGACUCAUCCGACCUGGAGUGGCUACGGCUAGGAACCGGGAAGUCAGCCUUGCGGCGUCUGGCAAACCCUUCGCGGCCCAACAGUGUGUUCUGCGCGAUGUCCGAGGCCUUGUCGUCUAUGCAUCAACUCCCGACCGCUAGAGGCGCCAGCGGCGUACCGGUCGAAUUAGCGCAAUUGUGUGGCCUUGAUGAAUGGUCAACACAAGACAACAACCCUUACUUCGCUGUCGCGCAUGAUCUCUCUCGGCUUUUGAAGCUUCCGCGAGGCGAGACUUCGCAACGCAGGAUCUUAAUGGUCUCCAGCCACAUGCAUGGCGCGUUUGCAACCUGCCUGCAGGAAAAAGACCCGGUCGCACUUCUUUUGUUGUGCCUGUGGUACACUCGAGCCCGCGAAAAGGCUUGGUGGAUUGACCAGCGCGCCAGAUUUGAGCUCCCAGCUAUUUGCACCUACCUGCAGCGACAUCACAAGGACAAUGGCAUCAUCCAGGCACUGAUACCUUGGGGUGAAAUAAGGACCCUCACGUAA